AAACAACACUACAAAGUACAUGUUGUAGCUGUCUCACACAGAGUUAAUGAACAGCUUACUGAGUCAAAUGCAAGGGUUCAAGGUUACUUUAUUCGUACCUUCUGUAGAUUUAGUUUGCAAUAACCCUCAAUAAAAACAGGAAAUGAGCAAUCAAUAAAAGCAAAGUCAAUUGAAACAAGGUAGAAGUAAAAUAAACCAUUAGUCAAUAAAAACAACUUGAAAAAAAGCAAAAUAAAGGAAAAAAAGAAUGAAAGAAAUAGUUUCAUGUGGGACAGUUUUUGUAUGAAGGAAGUGGAGCACGAGUAGGCGACCACAUUGCACUUCCCACAGCAGCAUUCAGGUGCCUUUAGAACAUAUUGACAGACAGGUAGACAGGUAGCAACCUGUUUAGCAGACACAGGACUACACUGUAGUCUGGCCACAAGGUAACAUGACUUCUCUAAAGCCUACGAGCAUUGCAAAUUUUAUUUGUUUGAUUUCCCUCCUCGUGUUUGUACCUGGAUGUUCAGCUCGAUACACAGAGGACUGGACCAGUCUGGAUGCUAGACCCCUUCCCCCGUGGUUCGACGAGGCGAAGCUCGGGAUAUUCGUCCACUGGGGGGUCUUCUCGGUCCCUGGCUACGGGCAGUUCAGUGAGUGGUUGUGGUGCUGGUGGAAGACCAAAAAGCAUUUAGAUGUAGUUGAUUUCAUGCGGAAGAACUACCCUCCUGGUUUUAAGUACGCAGACUUUGCGCCUCAGUUUCGCGCAGAGUUCUUCAACCCGAAUGACUGGGCUGACAUCUUUGCCGCCUCGGGAGCCAGGUAUGUUGUGUUCACAUCCAAACACCAUGAAGGAUUCACAAACUGGCCCUCACCCACCUCCUGGAACUGGAACUCGAUGGAUGUGGGUCCUCACAGGGACCUGGUGGGAGAGCUGGCUGCAGCAGUCAGGAAGAGGUCACUGCAUUGGGGCCUCUACCACUCUUUCUUUGAAUGGUUCCAUCCCCUUUACUUGGCAGACAAAGCCUCUGGAUACAAGACUCAGGAUUUUGUCGCUCUCAAGGCACUUCCUGAGUUAGUAGACCUUGUGAUGCAGUACCAACCAGAGCUUAUCUGGUCUGAUGGAGACUGGGAAGCACCUGACACCUACUGGAACUCCACCCAGUUUUUAGCCUGGCUUUACAACGACAGCCCUGUGAAGGAUGUGGUGGUCGUGAAUGACAGGUGGGGUAAAGGCUGUUACUGUAAACAUGGCGGCUACUACAACUGUGCAGACAGAUACACACCUGGUAGACUACCAGACCACAAGUGGGAGAAAUGCCAGUCCAUUGACAAACGCUCCUGGGGCUACAGAAGAAACAUGAAGCUGAGUGAAGUCAUGGAUCUGCCGUCCAUCAUAAAGGACAUGGUGUAUGUGGUGGCCCUGGGGGGGAACUACCUGCUGAACAUCGGGCCGAUGUCAGAUGGCAUGAUAGCUCCAGUGUUUGAGGAGCGGCUGAGGGGACUUGGAGCCUGGAUGAAGAUCAAUGGGGAAGCCAUCUAUGGGACCAAACCCUGGAGGGUGCAGACAGAGAGCAGCACUAUGAAGACCUGGUACACUGCCAAAAACAGCACAGUUUAUGCCAUAAUCUUUGGCUGGCCAUCCAAACAACCAUUUCAGCUCACAGCACCAAAGACAUCUGAGGCCACAAACGUUACACUCCUGGACUAUCCUGAUGCACUGCUGAAGUGGGCAGCCUUGACUGAAACUGGAGGAAUCCAGGUUGUUUUACCAGCAAUGCCUGUUGCACCAGGAAAUGCUUGGACUCUGAAACUAGAGGGAGUGGUUUAAUGCAUGAGAGUUUAACAUAAAGAAGAACACAUUUUUUUAAAGGUCAUGAGGCAUAUAUGUUAUGUCAGGGUUUAUUUUAGAGUGUGUGUGCUGCUGAAAAUUAGGUCAACAGAUAGGAUCUGUGUGUCAGGGUCAAAUAUGACGUACUGCACAGUGAAAUUCUAAUGCUUAUACUUCAAAUAAAUCAAAGCACUUUUUGUACUGUAUGUCAAUCACUGUGUUGGUGGUCAAUUGAUUCCCUGUGGUAUUUUCUCAGAGAAAAAAAUGACCCUUUUAUAAGUGGUGGGGGUUGGGUAUUUUUCUUUGACCUCUUUAUGACAACUUUUAAGAGGAAUCAUGUUUGCUAUUUUUAAACUGUGUUUCUGGAUCAAUAAAAAUGCCAUGUAUCCUU